AUGAAGGUUUUCAUGGAGAAACUCGGAAUCAUUUUGCUACUCUCCUUCAGAGGUCAGAUGGUCCAAUCGGUUCCUUAUGACCAUACGGCAAGCAUCGAGUGCCUGAGCAACCCGAUGAUACCUCUGUACAGCGGAGGCGUCAUAAAAAACAGCGAGUUCAACGUAGGCCUGACGGACUGGACCGUGCCCUUGGGCGUCCAGGCCACCGUGAACAGCUCGUCGUCCGGCAACAAGUUCGCCGAGGCGCGGACCGACGGCCAGCCGUCGCGCACCGUGUACCAGACGGUCCAGAUACAGCCCAACACCCACUAUUCCCUCUCAGCGUGGUUGCAGGUGUCCGCCGGCACGGCCAACGUGAUGGCGGUGGUCAGGACUCCCGACGGCCAGUUCGUCGCCGCCGGCGCCACCGUCGCCAAGUCCGGCUGCUGGAGCAUGAUCAAGGGCGGCAUGACGUCCUACUCCUCCGGGCAAGGCCAGCUCUACUUCGAGGCCGACGCAGCGGUGGCCAUCUGGGUGGACAGCGUGUCGCUGCAGCCGUUCACCUUCGACGAGUGGGACGCGCACCGCCAGCAACAAUCCGCCGGCAGGGCGCGGCGGAGCACCCUCGGUGUCGUCGUCGCCCGCGGCACCGACGGCGCGCCGGUGCCGAACGCCACGGUGACCGCCGAGCUCCUCCGCCCCGGCUUCCCCUUCGGCAACGCGAUGACCCGGGAGAUCCUGGACAACCCGGCGUACGAGCAGUGGUUCGCGUCGCGGUUCACGGUGGCGACGUUCGAGAACGAGAUGAAGUGGUACGCCACGGAGGGGAGGCAGGGGCACGAGGACUACCGCGUCCCGGACGCCAUGCUGGCGCUCGCGGAGCGGCACGGCGUCAGGGUGCGCGGCCACAACGUGUUCUGGGAUGACCAGAGCACGCAGAUGGCGUGGGUCAGGUCGCUGGGGCCGGACGAGCUGCGGGCCGCCAUGGACAAGCGGCUCAGGUCCGUCGUGUCGCGGUACGGCGGCGGCAGGGUGAUCGGCUGGGACGUGGUGAACGAGAACCUCCACUGGAGCUUCUACGACGGCAAGCUCGGCCCGGACGCGUCGCCGGCGAUCUACCACCAGGUGGGGAAGAUCGACGGCGAGACGCCGCUGUUCAUGAACGAGUUCAACACCGUGGAGCAGCCGGUGGACAUGGCGGCGAUGGCCAGCAAGUACGUCGCCAAGAUGAACCAGAUACGGUCCUUCCCCGGCAACGGCGGCCUGAAGCUCGCCGUCGGGCUCGAGAGCCACUUCGGUGCCACCCCAAACAUCCCCUUCAUGCGCGCCACGCUGGACACGCUCGCGCAGCUCAAGCUCCCCAUCUGGCUCACCGAGAUCGACGUCGCCAAUGGAACAAACCAGGCGCAGCAUUUGGAGGAGGUGUUGAGAGAAGGGCACGGGCACCCGAACGUGGAUGGCAUGGUGAUGUGGGCGGCGUGGCACGCCACGGCGUGCUACGUGAUGUGCCUGACGGACGACGAGUUCAAGAACCUCGCCGUCGGCGACGUCGUCGACAAGCUCAUCGCCGAGUGGAGGACGCACCCCGUGGCCGUCGCCACGACGGACGCCGACGGUGUCGUCGAGCUCGACCUCGCGCACGGCGAGUACAACGUCACGGUGACCCACCCGUCGCUCGUGUCGUCCGCCGUGCGUACGCUGACCGUGGACGCAUCGUCAUCCUCGUCGGAGAACGCCAUAGACAUCAGGGUGUAGGAACAGGAGUGUUGUAGUAUAAGUGGAUCCAGCCCGUAGAAUAUUCACGAGGCGAAUUAGUGCU